UAAGACUCUUUCUUUAUCGUGUGUGCAUAUUUUCUCUCGGUAACCUUGUGUUGGAGUGACUGAAAGCUAGAAUUUCUGCUCCUGUCCGGGUAGGGUGUCUCGGAUGCGGAGCGCUCCACCGCAGUAGCAUCACCGGGCUAACUGCCGCCCAGCUGGCCUUGAUGAGACAUCCACAACCUCGAAGUUAGCAAGAACAUGCUAGGAAUGUGUCAGACUGCUAACUCAGCGGUGCAAUCCACCAGACGCGGGGACCCAAAUGAGCUCAAAGCUAUUUUCCAAAAGUACGCCAGUGUGGUGGACAAAGAUGGAGAGAGGUUUAUGACCCCAGGGGACUUUGUCCAACAGUACCUGGGACUACAGACGCAGAUUCACCACAACCCCAAAACUGUUCAACUCCUUGCUGCCGUAGCGGACACCACGAAGGACGGGUUGAUCUCAUUCCAGGAGUUUCUUGCAUUUGAAUCGGUUUUGUGUGCGCCCGACGCCCUCUUCAUUGUGGCCUUCCAGCUGUUUGACAAGACUGGAACCGGCACCGUUUCCUUCGAGAAUGUGCGAGACAUCUUCAGCCAGACCACGGUUCACCACCACAUCCCCUUUAACUGGAAUUGUGAGUUCAUCCAUCUGCACUUUGGGAACGACGGCAAGAAACAGCUUAGCUACCUUGAGUUCACUCAGUUCCUGCAGGAGCUGCAGUUGGAACAUGCGCGCCAGGCGUUUGCCCAGAAGGACAAAGAGAAGAAUGGGGUCAUCUCUGCUCUGGACUUCAGUGACAUUAUGGCUACCAUCAGACACCACAUGCUCACACCUUUUGUGGAGGAGAAUCUUGUCUCAGCUGCAGGAGGCAGCACUGCUCACAUGGUCAGCUUCUCUUACUUCAACGCCUUCAAUGCUCUCCUGAACAACAUGGAGAUGAUCCGUAAGAUCUACAGCACGCUGGCUGGCACACGGAGGGACACGCUCGUGACCAAAGAGGAGUUUGUUCAUGCUGCCAACAAGUUUGGUCAGAUCACUCCGAUGGAAAUCGACAUCUUGUACCAGUUGUCAGGCCUGCACUCUCCCUCUGGGCGCCUGAACCUGGCUGACAUUGAAAGGAUAGCUCCACUAGAGGAAGGAAGUCUGCCCUAUAAUCUAGCUGAAACCCAAAAACACACCCAGGCGGACGGUUCCAGGCCCAUUUGGCUCCAAGUAGCAGAAUCGGCGUACAGGUUCACUCUGGGCUCCAUUGCUGGAGCCACCGGUGCCACAGCAGUAUAUCCCAUCGACUUAGUGAAGACUCGAAUGCAGAACCAAAGGUCCACAGGAUCCUUUGUUGGAGAGCUGAUGUACAAGAACAGCUUUGACUGUGCAAAGAAGGUGCUUCGCUACGAAGGCUUCUUCGGUUUCUACAGAGGUCUGGUUCCUCAGCUGAUUGGUGUGGCACCUGAGAAAGCUAUCAAACUCACAGUGAAUGACUUUGUUAGAGAUAAAUUCACCAACAACAACGAUAACACGAUUCCUCUAUUCGCUGAGAUUUUGGCUGGUGGUUGUGCCGGAGGCUCCCAGGUCAUUUUCACCAACCCUCUGGAAAUUGUGAAGAUUCGGCUGCAGGUAGCAGGUGAGAUCACCACCGGACCUCGGGUCAGUGCUCUCAGCGUUGUCCGUGACCUCGGCUUCUUCGGGUUGUACAAGGGGGCCAAAGCUUGCUUCCUAAGGGACAUUCCCUUCUCAGCCAUCUACUUCCCCGCAUACGCCCACAUUAAAACUCAGCUAACUGAUGAGCAAGGCAGACUAGGACCACUUCAGCUCCUCACUGCUGGAGCGAUUGCAGGUAUCCCCGCGGCGUCCCUUGUCACGCCUGCUGAUGUCAUCAAGACCCGUCUUCAAGUUGCAGCAAGAGCAGGACAGACAACCUACUCGGGAGUCGUUGACUGUUUCAGAAAGAUUUUGAGAGAAGAAGGCUUCAGGGCUUUGUGGAAAGGAGCUGGAGCUCGUAUGUGCCGAUCCUCCCCACAGUUUGGUGUGACUCUGGUGACUUAUGAACUCCUGCAGCGGUGGUUCUAUGUUGAUUUCGGUGGACAUCGUCCAGCAGGAUCUGAACCAACACCCAAGUCUCGCAUCUCAGAGCUUCCUCCCAUCAAUGCAGACCACGUUGGAGGCUACCGCCUGGCAGCAGCUACGUUUGCCGGGGUGGAGAACAAAUUUGGCCUCCAUCUUCCUAAAUUCAAGUCCUCUGGCGUGGUUUCCAUCCAUCCUUCAGAGGCAGCCAAACCAGCUCAGGCGCCUUAAACGUCAGCAACUCCAUAUCAUUUCUCCAUCACCAGGAGCCAGACACAUAGAUGAACACAAGCAAAGCAGAGCUGAUACACAACUUGACAUACACACACCAGGGACCAUUAAUGUAGGAACAAACACCACCAGCCUGUUACUCUUCUGAGUGAAGGUAUGCUCCGGUGGUCGCUGGCCAGCUGCAGGCGUGGACGCCUCCCAGCAGCUUCAGGAACGGAGCGCUGACUGUGUUGCAUCUUCAGUGGCUGUGUGCUCCUGGGAACUCCAUUCUUGUGUUUUUCUCUUGAGCAUUUGUGUAAAACUGAACCUCGGGCACUCCGUUUUCCAUGAAUAGAUUGAUUUGUUUUGUUAUCUUCUCUCUGAUACUCUUGUUUGAGUAGGACUUCUCUUAUUGGGCCAUGGGCAUAAAGUUAAUCGAUUGAUCUGCACAGCAUGUGGGGCUCUCCUCACUGCACCUCCUCGGACAGGAGGCUAUAUACUGUACAUACUGUAAAACAGUAAUGAGGAAAUGUUACAUCAUUACAGUACCUGUAAUGUUCUGGCAAUGUGGGGCCUUUGGUCCUGGUCUCUGAGAAUCACUCUUACUGAUGUACAGAGCAAGAAUCACGAGCAAAGAAUUAGAUAUUAAUAAAUUAAAUGUAUCUCAAUUUAGUCAUUGUAUUUUAAUUAAAUAAAUCAUUCAUAUUGUCUUAAUUUUACAA